AUGGCGUCCCGCACGCUGUACGAUCCACCACCAACGGCUCUUCAGUGGGACGUGGGGCCUUCACAAGAGAAGCCAUGUAUAACAGUGAAGUUGCUCACGCAUGACGCUGAGAUGCAUCGGCUAGCGUGCGAGAAGGAAAAGGAAAAGGCAUGGACGGUGGCUGAAGGGAUGCUUGACGCCCUGCUUGUGCGUUUGGCCGCCCAAUCGGAGAAUGUCAUCUCCUCCACGCCACCCUUUGAGCAUUCCACUUCACUCCUAUCAUUUUUAAUAUCAUCCUCGCCGUCAGCGUCGUCGAUGUCGUCGAUUAGCGUGCGCAUUCCCCCAGUGAAUGUUUCUAAUCGUGGGUAUGCGGCGGAUGCCGCCUGCCGAAGCGUGCGGACCCUCGUUGAGUUGGAUGCUGCCUCUGCCGUCUAUGAAAAGCUGAAGCAAUCUCUUGAGGCCUACGUCAUGCACAUUUUGCAAUUUCUCACCACGGCCUGUGAGCCCGAUGGAGAGGGGUGUUUGACAUUUAUGCGUCUUGUGCAUGUUUGGGGCCAUUAUCGGCUUGCCGUUGCAGAAUUGCAGGAGGUGUGGGUGUAUCUGGAUCGCUGGUAUAUCUCAAGAAUGCAUGCGGUGCGGUCAAUCGAUGGGCUUGCCGUUGCGAUCAUGAAGGAAGCAUUGCUGCAGCACCCGUGGCUCCUGUCGCGGGCGCAGUUGGGAUUUCUUACAUUUUUGCGUCAAGAUUUUGAAAACGAAAGCAACGUUCGACGGGAGAUACUCCUCUUUACAAAUCUUUGCUCCUCUAUUGAGGUGUAUUUUUUGCGCGUGGAACCAGAUGUACUUGCAGUCGCCAAGGAAUUCUACACGGAGGUGGCGGACCGCAUGUGGCAUGACGGCGAAAGCGCGGAGGUAUUUUUUCAACAGGUCGGUUGUUUCCUCCAGGAGGGACGACGGCGCGUGCAGGCCUGCCUGGAAGCCAACACCAUGUCGAAGUUGGAGGAGAUUGCCCAGACGUCGCUGCUGGCUGCACAUGGCACGGAUGUUCUCGCACGUGACUUUGAGCGACUCGUGAAAGACGAGAAGUACGACUGCAUUCGUCUCGCUUGGCAGUUUCUUGCUUUGGGGAAAUACGUGCAACUUGGAAAGGAGUGUGGCGCGGUGUUCCGUGAGUACAUUUUGCAUGAGGGCGUAACGAUCAUUCGGCAGCUUACCUCAAGACCGGCGGAUAGGGAGGGAUUUGUUGCCGUCAAGGCGAUGAUUGCGCUCAUCCGUCGCGGGGAGAGUGUGAUAGACGAGUGUUUUGCGGAAAACUCCAUGGUUUUUACGGUGCAGCUGAACGAUGCCCUUGUGGAGGUGUUGCAGGAGAACCAGACGGAAUUUGCAAGGCAGAUUGCACGGUACAUUGACUUUCUGAUGCGUGAGGAGGAGAACGACACGCUGAUGUCCGCCCCCGCUAACACCAAAGGCGAUGACGGUAGCGGUGAUAAUUGCCUUUACGCGGAUGCGACUGCGACGGCCAAUGAUGGUGGUAGUGACGAAGUUGCUGCUGCUGCUACUGCUACUGCGACCGCUGUGUCACCUUGUGGGGGUUUGCUAAAUUACAUUGGGCGCAUUUACGCCCUACUUCCCUCGCGGGGCAUUUUUGAGACAUUUUAUUGGCAUGAUCUUGCGCGCCGUCUGCUGCAAUACCAGCGUCCACGGCGUCUGGAUGCUGAGAGGAGUUUUAUUCAGGAGCUCAAGAAGGCAUGUGGGGUGGAGACGUCCAAGUUUGAGGGAAUGUUCAACGACCUCAAGGUGUCGCAGGAAUUGAAUGAACGAUACCAGGCAUGGGUGACGGGCGAACGUGAUGACGCCUCUGCGCAGUGGCCACCGGUGAUGCGGGUCGACAACGAAGAGGAGGAGGAGGGGGAGGCAAUGUCGCUCAUUGCCGAAUUGCCCUGGAACACGGAGGUGAAGUUGCACAUUUUGACGUCUGGCUUCUGGCCAACGCAGUCCACGUUGGCGGUUCGUCUGCCGUCCCCGAUGCGCCUUCUUGCCAAGUCCGUGCAGGACUUCUACCGUCAAUGUUUCACUGACCGCCAGCUUUUGUGGCAGCAUCAAUUGUCCUCGGCGGUUGUGAGGUGCUCCAUAGGGACCGUCCGACGAAACCUCACGGGAACACUUUUGCAGGCUGCCAUCCUGCUUACCUUGCAGGAGAUGAUGGAUACAACGCCAUCGUCAUCAUCGUCGCAAAGGGUGGAGGCGGUGACAGUGGGGGCAUUGUGUGAUCGGCUUGCCGUUGAUAUUUUGGUUCCAGCUGUGACGGGGUCCAUUUACGGCCUGUGCCACCCGAAGUUUUCCCUCCUGCUGCGUGAACCGGCCAUGGGGGGUUCUUCUGCCGCGGCGUUUCCCAUGCUGGCUGGUACCGACCGACUGCGAUUCAAUACGCACUUUGCUGUCAGCAGCAUGCGUUGCCGCAUCCCAUUCUACAACACUCCAAACAGCGGCGAGGAUGUUUCUACCGGCAGGAAUGACGCGGACAGCAUGCUGGCCGUGGACGAUGUGCUGAAGGAACACAAGCACGUGAUUGAGGCUGCCGUGGUGCGCUUCAUGAAGGAGAAACGUUGUGCGACUCACGAGGAUCUUGUCACGGCGGUCUCAACACUUGUGCAAUUUCCCGUCACAAUGGCCACGCUUAAAUGUGUCAUUGAGCGACUCAUCGACCGCGGGUUUUUGGAACGCAAUGGGGCCACGGCGUACACGUACACAUUGUGA